AUGAGCAGUCAUAGCAAUCGUCAUAUCUUCCCAAGUUCUAAGGAGACGGCAUUGAAACUUGAUACAUUGGUUGGUGAUAUUGAGGAUGCUGUAUCUUCUGCAAUGAACAAAAACUUAAGGAAGCAUUCCUCCACACAAAGUGUAGAAGAAAACCGCCUUCUUGCUAUUGAAAGACUUGGACAUACAGAAGAUGUUUUAAUUUCAGUUAGAAAGGCUCAUCCUCAGUGGGCGAGUCUUGUAUCAGCAGUUGAUCACAGAAUAGAUCGAGCUCUUGCCACAUUAAGACCACAGGCAAUUGCAGAUCAUCGAUCACUUCUUGCAUCCCUGGGAUGGCCACCGCCACUUUCCACUUUGACGUCCUCAAACCUUGAUGCUGGAAAAUCAACUGAAGUCCCUAAUCCUCUUUUCACAAUGAAAGGGCUUCUUAAACACCAGUACUGUGAAAACUUUCUCUCGUUGUGUCACUUGCAGGAGCUGCAGAGUCGGAGAAAAUCAAGGCAACUUGAUGGUCACAACAGGAAACUGGCCCUGCAGCAGCCACUUUGGGCAAUCGAAGAACUUGUGAAUCCUAUAUCAAUUGCAUGCCAACGACAUUUUUCGAAGUGGAUUGAUAAGCCGGAAUUUAUUUUUGCUCUUGUCUACAAGAUUACCAGGGAUUAUGUUGACACUAUGGAUGAAUUAUUGCAACCACUGGUUGAUGAAGCAAGGUUAGUGGGUUACAGUUGCAGAGAAGAAUGGAUUUCAGCAAUGGUAGCCUCUUCAGUAACAUACUUGGCAAAAGAGAUAUUCCCUACAUAUGUUGCUGAACUGGAUGGAGAAAGCAUUAAUGGUGCUCGAUCAAAGGCUAGAAUUUCAUGGCUUCAUCUUGUUGACCUUAUGAUUGCUUUUGAUCUACGAAUUCAGUCUCUGGUGACACAUUCUGGAAUUUCGCUUUCCCUUCAGGAAGAUAGCAACCUGAAGAAGAUUUCUUCUCUAUCUGUCUUCUGUGAUCGACCUGACUGGCUUGACAUAUGGGCAGAAAUUGAGCUUAAUGACACACUUGAGAAGCUAAAACCCGAGGUUGAUGAUGAGAGAAAUUGGACAACAAAAAUUGAAGGGGAAGCCCUUUUAUCUGGUUUUGAAAGUUACAAAUCUCCUGUAGUUUCAAGUGUCUUCCUUAAGCAUCUAUUGUUGGUAGUUGAUCGAUGUCGAUCACUGCCUAACACCCUUUUGAGGUCAAGGUUUCUGAAAUUGGCUGGUGGACCCACUAUACAACAAUAUUUGAAUUGUUUGCUACUUAGGUGCCAAGAAGCCGAAGGACUGACUGCAUUAACGGAUGACAAUGCAUUAAUCAAGGUUGCAAACUCUGUUAAUGCUGCUCACUACUUUGAAUCUGUUUUGAGGGAAUGGUGUGAGGACACCUUUUUUCUUGAAUUGGGAUUGGAUCACAGUGAUCAACUGAGAAUAGGGAUUAGUGAUAAUAGUGGUUUGGAGGGGCAAAUUGAUGGACCUGUUGGUUGCGUUUUUCAUGAGGAGAUAGAAAGGUUGGAGGAUUUCAGAAAAGAGUGGGUUGAAAAGAUAUCAGUUGUUGUUUUGAGGGGAUUUGAUGCGAGGUGUCGAGAAUAUAUGAAAAACAGGAGGCAGUGGCAAGAAAAGUGUGAAGAAAGUUGGACAAUCUCCAAAAAUUUAGUCGGGGCUCUAGAUUAUUUGCAAGGAAAGACGGCAGUAGUAGAAGAAAAUAUGAACCAGAUAGAUUUUGUUGGUGUCUGGAGAAGUUUGGCAGUGGGGGUAGAUCGCUUGCUUUUUAAUGGCAUUCUUAUGAGCAACGUGAAGUUUCAUGAUGCUGGUGUUGAAAGGUUUAAUUGUGAUUUGGAGAUUUUGUUUGGAGUAUUUCGGGCUUGGUGCUUGAGGCCUGAAGCUUUCUUCCCUAAAACAAGUGAUGGCUUGAAGUUGUUAAAGAUGAGCGAGAAGCAGCUCCGAGAUACUUUGUCAGGAGGAGGAAAAAGGAUGAAGGAGAACGGCAUUAUCCAUUUGACUGUAGUCGAGGCAGAGAAGAUACAAAACAGUAGAGUAUUCAUGAGUUAA